AUGCUCCGGAAUAGGACCGCUUCCCUUCAUAUUUUGACCAUUGAUGAUAUCAACUACAAUUUGGUCAAAGAUUUUUGGUGGAACAUAGCGUUUUGUUUAUUAUGUCUCGUUUUCGGAAUUGUUGGGAAUUCGAUAGUGAUCCUGGUGUAUCACACGAAGUUAAAGUCAAAGAUAGAAGAGAGAUUCUUUAUUCCAAUCUUAGCUUUCCUUGAUCUCCUAGCUUGUGUCAUGGUGUCCGCGGUGAUGCUUGCAAAAUCAUUUUAUCCAGUAAAGUUUCAGAACGAAUACACGUGUAAAACUUUAACCUAUUUCGGAUUCUCCACGUCUUCCAUGGCCCUCUUCAUGCUGGCGAUUAUUGCAUUCCACAGGUUUCAGAAGAUCGUUCGGCCUUUCGGAUACCAGAUGAGUCUCAGGGCCAAACAAUACACUAUUCUCACCGUUGGAAUCAUAUCAUAUAUACUGUUCUCACCCGUGUUCUACGUGUAUGGAAUCCGAGAAGUCCAAAACCCCGUGACGAAUAUUACGUAUUCUACUUGUUCAGCCCCCAGUAAAGGCACGUCGAGACGAUCCAUGUUCGUGUUUCAGGGUAUAUUAAUUUGUAUUUAUUUGAUAUCGAUAGUAUCCAUGGCCAUCAUGUAUUUUUUUGUGGCUAGGACUUUACGGGCGAGGAUACGAGCAUCCCGGAAACGUAAAGAAAUUCACAGUUCUCAAACUCUGAACAGUGCAGUGAUCGUUCGAAUGAAUGGGUGUGCCAAAACAAAUGGUUCUGAAGCCAUAUCUAAAGAACAACAGAUACAGGAGCUGAUAAAGACGCCAUCAAUAUCAGAAACGAACGAUACACUUCAACUCCGGCGCAAGAGCGGCCACAAACGAAAGGGCCAUUUCUCUUUGUACAGGAGGUGGUGGAGUGCAGUAAAGGACAAUGACCGAACUACGAACGGAAGUCCUUAAUUGAUUUCAGUCAUGAUCGUAUUGUUGAUCUCUUGACAAGACAAAAGAAGAGACACUGAAUUUCCCCCAAGAAACCUCGCCUUUUAUCUUCUAGUGUACAUCUUUUCUGGUUGCCUUCCGAAUUUCAGCAUUCGUUGUAUUAUUGAUUGUAAUUUCUAAAGGAACAACUUAUCUUAAAGUUGUGACAGGUUUGAGUAACUGUAGUGUAUGAAGUACUAACGGAUGUAACCCAAUAAAACACUUACACGGACUG